AUGACAUCUGCUACACCACCUUCCUCUCGUAGCUCCUCUCCACAGAAAGUUUGCCAUUCCCAGACACAGACAGACGUUUUGAAACCCUUACUGGGUGGAGGCAUUUCUGGUGGCAGCGGUACAUUGAGAAAGAGGAGACGUGUCCUGUCCAAAGAUGGCCGUAGCAACGUACGCAUCGAGCACGUCAGUGGACGGAGUGCUCUGUACAUGCGUGAUCUUUGGACAACAUUUCUGGAUAUGCAGUGGCGCUACAAGUUCUUCCUGUUCCUUGCCACAUUUGCAGGGACCUGGUUCCUGUUUGGGGUGCUUUGGUACCUUGUGGCGCUCGUGCAUGGAGAUCUGCUAGAGUUUGACCCACCAUCCAACCACACGCCCUGUGUGAUGCAGAUGCAGACCCUGACGGGGGCCUUCCUCUUCUCCCUGGAGUCCCAGACAACCAUUGGUUAUGGUUUCCGCUGCAUCACUGAAGAGUGUCCAGCUGCCAUCAUCCUCCUCAUCAUCCAGCUGGUCAUCACUAUGCUGAUGGAGAUCUUCAUCACUGGUACCUUCCUGGCCAAGGUUGCUCGGCCAAAGAAGCGAGGAGAGACAGUGAAGUUUAGUCAGCAUGCUGUGGUGUCGACUCAAGAAGGCCGACCCUGCCUGAUGAUCAGGGUAGCCAACAUGCGCAAGAGUCUCCUGCUGGGAUGUCAGGUGACGGGAAAACUGCUCCAGACGUCUCUGACCAAGGAAGGGGAGACAGUUCGUCUGGACCAGAGGAACGUGCCGUUUCAAGUGGAUACGUCCAGUGACAGCCCCUUCCUCAUUCUGCCCCUCACCUUCUACCACAUCAUUGAUGAUAGCAGCCCCCUGCGAGCAUGGGCAGCUAAGGGCGGUGGCUGGACGGAUCCAGAGUUGGCUGACUUUGAGCUGCUGGUGAUCAUGAGUGCUACAGUGGAGCCGACCUCCGCCACCUGCCAGGUUCGUACCUCCUACCUGCCGGAUGAGAUCCUCUGGGGCUAUGAGUUCCCUCCUGUGGUCUCUCUUUCCACGUCAGGCAAAUAUGUAGCAGACUUCUCCUUCUUUGACAAAGUGGCCAAAACCAAGACCACACCAAUCUUCAAACCAUCCAGCCCCCAGCAUGGAUACCAGAGCAACGGGAGCGGCACACUGCCUGAGGUUUCCGAUCCAGAGAAGAUUCGUCUGGAGCAGAGUUAUAGGGAGAGAGGGGAGGAGCGUGGACGUGUUAGGGACACUCCCCUCAGUGUUCGAAUCAGCAAUGUGUAAACAGCUGGACUGGAUGAGAAGAGUGCAUUUCAUGGAGAGCAACAUGCAGGAGACGUUCAAGU